AUGGCCGCCGCAGCCUACGACGUCGCGAUGGACUACUUGUACAAGUACGCGCCAGGCGUUGCCGAGCAUCUCGUCAUCUCCAACGCCACAACCACCAAGGAGCAACUCUAUGGCGACAUUGCUCUCUCGUCGCUCAACUGGUUGGAACGCCUCUGGGCAGAAUACUACAUCUACAUGGGCAACGCCAUUCUUGCCACUGGUCUCAUGAGCUUCCUCCUCCACGAGAUUGUCUACUUUGGUCGCUCGAUUCCAUGGCUCAUCAUUGACGCCAUCCCGUUCUUCCACAAGUGGAAGCUCCAGCCCAACAAGAAGAUUACCAAGGAGCAGAUCUGGAAGUGCACAAAGGUCGUUCUCAUCACCCACUUCACCUGCGAGGCUCCCCUCAUCUGGCUCUUCCACCCGAUCUGCUGCUACUUUGGCAUGGCGACCCACCAGGUUCCUUUCUCGUCACCCUGGCUCAUGGCUGCCCAGAUUGCCGUCUUCUUCGUCUUUGAGGACAUGUUCCACUACUGGGCUCACCGUGGUCUUCACUGGGGUCCCCUCUACAAGAACAUCCACAAGCUUCACCACGAGUUCUCGGCGCCCAUUGGCCUUGCUGCCGAGUACGCUCACCCUCUCGAGGUCAUGAUUCUGGCCCAGGGCACCAUCUCGGGCCCCUUCCUCUACUGCCUCUUCCGCAAUGACCUGCACAUCUUGACCGUCUACGUCUGGGUCACCCUCCGUCUCUUCCAGGCCGUUGACGCUCACUCGGGCUACGACUUCCCCUGGUCGCUCCGCCACUUCCUCCCCUUCUGGGCCGGCGCCGACCACCACGACUUCCACCACAUGGCCUUUGUCAACUGCUACUCGACCUCGUUCCGCUGGUGGGACUACUCGCUCGGCACCGACGCCAAGUACCACGCCUACAAGGCUCGCGUUGCUGCUGCCAAAUCCGCCGAGCGUGAGAAGGUUCGCGAGCGCGAGCUCGAGCUGGUUGAGAAGGAGGGCCAGGAGGCCGAGCGCAUCGUCGAGUCGUACGCCAAGCGCAAGACGGCUUAG